UUUUAAAAAGAUAUUUGCACAUCUUCUUUCUUAUUUUUUUGAUUUGCUCAUGCAAAAAAUAUUCAAUAUAGUGCUCAGUGUGUUAACUAGUUUCAUAAUUAUGAAUAUUUCUGGAAAAUUUAUUGUAAACCAAUUAGAAAUUCAUUAUUUUAAGAAUAUUAGAAAGUAUUUUAAAUGUAUUUAUGAUAAUUCUAAGAUUAAGCGGUGCAAUGGUGGUGGUGUUAUGAUUGACAACAACUUCACAGAAUCUAAGAAAUAUCGUCACAAUCAUAGUCGAAAUCUUAAGUUGGCUGAUGACACUAAAUUUUGUCAAACUCUAAGACAAUUUUCUCGUUUACCAUUUGUAAAACCGAAACAAGUUGUGAAAGCUUUGGAACGAGAUGAACCUGAAGUGACAUCGUCUUUAAUGUUGUCAACUUUACGUAAGAGGGUGCAGCGAUCCAUUAAGAAAGAAAAUCCGGUUAAUACUAAUAUUAAGUUAGCUCCUAAAAAUUUGAUGGAAUUCGGAAGAAAUUUAGAAAGUUCCACCGAAGAAUUAAAAUAUGGAUUGCAUAAGGAAAUGCAAUUAACAGCGAAGCUUUUAACGUUUCAAGUUCAAACCAGCAAGCGUGAAGUAAAGGAAGCCACUGUUAUUCUUAUGUACGAUGCAGAUUACUUGGAAGAAAUUAGUCCUUUCGUAGAAGUUAUUUCAACUGACGCGACUUUUAACUCAUUUCCUGAUCUGCAUGUGCGUAAAGGGCAGUUGAUGACAGUUAUGGUUCAAUUACGAACUGAUAACGAUUGUCAAAAGGCUAUACCUUGUACUUGGGUUCUUAUGAACAACAAAAGCACAGAUUGUUAUUUGCAAGUGUUUCAAUUUUUGGCUGACAAUUUUAAAAAUUUCAGGCCAAAAUAUUCCAUGACUGAUUACGAAAUCGCAUUAAGAAAUAGCCUUAAAGAGGUUUUUCCUGGCAUUCAAACAAAAACCUGUUAUUUCCAUUAUAGUCAGGCCUUGAUCAAAAAUGCUCAGGAAAAGAAAUUGAUAGACAAGGAUAACAAUAAAGAAGAACGCCCGGAACUUUUCAUUUUUUUGAACCGAUUGAAACUUCUUGCUUUGUUACCAGCUGAAUUCAUUGAAAGUGUUUACGAGAAAAUUGAAAAAGAAUGUUUAAACGAUUUUGGCGAUUAUUUCAGAGAUUACCUGAAUUAUUAUGAAAAGCAAUGGUUGAAGCAAGAAGGGGCAGCGCAGAUUUCUGUUUACAAGCUACGAAAUCGAACUAACAAUUUUUUAGAAAGUUAUCAUAAACAGUUAAACACUUUCUUAUCAAAAAGGCCGAAACAUAAUGUUUUUGUUGGCCUGGUAAUAGUCUCAUUGGAACCCACGCACCAUACGAAACCAGCGCACACAUGAAUUGAUAUCUGUGCAGUCAAUUUAUUUUUACUACCGGGGGACAAUCAUCAAAGCCAUUUCUGUCUGGUCAUAACCUGAUCUAUAUGUCUAUUAAGUAUGAAAUGUUAUACAGCUAGUGGAAAAAUGUUAAAUAUAGACGAAGUUUAUAUUUUUUGGCAGUGCGGUAAAUGCUUGCAGAAUAUAUCAUAGUCAUAGUGAUAGUCUUACGUUAUAUUUUGACAAUAAAAUGAUAGAGUUUGUUAAUUCCUUCAAAUACUUAUGGGUUGUGUUUGACAGUACACUGUCAUGAAAUCAGCAUGUAGCUAAUGUUAAAAAAGGCAUAGCAUGUGCUCUUUAUGAAAUGCAUAUGAAUGAUUCAAUUUUAAGUGUAUUGAUGUAAACGUAAACUUUUCGAUGCACUGGUACGACCAAUUUACAAAAUGGGGAGUAUGAGCACAUAUCUCAGCAUCAGCAUAGUUUGUACAUUCACACUCUACGGCGUCACAGAUUAUUAAUUGCGAGUGAGUUUUAUAGAGCUUAGUAUAUAUCUUAUGCAAACUGUUUUUUAUUUUUUAAAUAAGAUGGAGCUAACAGCAAACAUUGCUUUAUGGAGUGAUCUGUUGAAUACAAAAUAGACUAACAAUUCCGUAUGCAUCAAAAACUCCUUAUGAAUGAUCAUUUAUUAUUACAGGGUGUAAUUUCUGGGAUUAUCUUUAAUUGAAAAUGACCUCAUCUAAUACGAUUGACGAAUUUCGUAAUUAAAGUUUGUUGCACUAUAUUAAUCAAAAGAGAAAUAAUGACUGAAAACAGUUAGUGUAGGAAUGCAUGAAAUUAUAGGAGAUGACAAUGAUAAUUAAUGUCAAAAUAUUAUGCAUUCAAAUUUAAAUUGAAUUUUAUUUGUGCAUUGAAUCUUUCCUUUAGGAAAUUUAAUAACCAAAAUAGUGAAAUUGUCUUCUGAAUAUUAUUAUGUCAGGAUGUUCCGCUUCAGACGACUAUUUUCAACGGCUUAUGAUGCGAAGAAUCAGAGAGUGCUUUACGAAUGAAAAUUUUUUUUCGCGUCAUUUCGGCGACUAUUUUUAUAAUUAUACUCUUCUUUGGUCACGGAAUCAAGAUACUUUGCAUACUAUAGUCAAG